GGCCGAUCCCAGGAAUCAUAGAGUUGAGCGACCCCCAGGAAGAGACGCCGGCUCUUCCGGGGCACAUCUGCGCGAAGAGACUUCCUAACCUCUAUGGCUCGUACUUCCGCUCGGGAAAUCCGCCUAUUCCGGAGCCCCUGGGCGACCCCACCUGCUGACCCCGACGCCAGCAGUGACGGAAGCACGCCGGCGGUGACCUAACCCUCUAACAUGGCGGCGGCGGUAGAUUAGGGUCGCGGGUCGCAGCCACCGCGCCGCUGGAGGAAGGACGCUGUGUGAAAUAAGUGCCGCCGCCGCCGCCUCUUCCACCUCCUCUGGGCCAGGGCCAGGUUGCGCACCUCUGCCCGCAGACCCUCCUGGAGCGCCGCUGCCGCCCCAUGGCGUCCUCUGCUGCUGUGCCCGCGGGCUUUCACUACGAGACCAAGUUCGUGGUGCUCAGCUACUUGGGGCUCCUCUCUCAGGGGCCCCCGCACGGGCAGCGCCUCUCCUCAGCCCCAGGAGUUCCAGAAGAUGUAGCUUCACAGUCUCUGGAUCAAGAAGUUUUAUUAAAAGUUAAAACUGAAGUUGAAGAUGAGCUAAAAUCCCUGGACAAGGAAAUUUCUGAAGCCUUCCCCGGCACAGGCUUCGACCGGCACACUUCUCCAGUGUUCAGCCCCGCCAACCCGGAGAGCUCCGUGGAAGACUGCUUGGCUCACCUUGGAGAGAGAGUGUCCCGAGAGCUGCACGAGCCUCUGCAGAAGGCGCUGCAGGCGCUGCUCAGCCAGCCAGUGACGUACCAGGCUUACCGGGAGUGCACGCUGCAGGCCACCGUCCAUGCCAGCGGCUGGGACAAGAUUUUGGUGCCUCUGGUUCUGCUGCAACAAAUGCUGUCGGAGCUGACAAGGCGCGGUCAGGAGCCCCUCAGUGCACUGCUGCAGUUCGGGGUGACGUACCUGGAGGACCACGCGGCAGACUUCAUCAUCCAGCAGGGCGGCUGGGGCACUGUCUUUAAUCUUGAGUCCGAGGAGGAGGAGGACCCUGGAGUCGUUGCUGAAGACAGCAAUGACAUUUACAUCCUGCCCAGUGACAACUCUGGACAGGUCAGUCCUCCAGAGUCUCCCACUGUGACCACUUCCUGGCAGUCGGAGAGCUUACCGGUCUCCCUGUCUGCCAGCCAGAGCUGGCACACAGAGAGUCUUCCGGUGUCCCUGGGUCCCGAGUCCUGGCAGCAAAUCGCCAUGGACCCAGAAGAAGUCAAAAGCUUAGACAGCAACGGGGCUGGAGAGAAGAGUGAGAACAACUCCUCCAACUCUGACAUCGUGCACGUGGAGAAGGAAGAGAUCCCUGAGGGCGCAGGAGAGGCUGCCGAGGCUUCUGGAGUCUUGUCAACCAGGGGGUUGCAAGAAGCGUCCCAGGAAGCCCCCGCUCCCUCGCUUCCUAGGAUCACUGCCACCUCCUUGCUGCAGAUGCGGGAGCCUGCAAAGGUGACUGAUGUGGAGAAGGUCAGCCCGGCACCCUCCUUGGCCAUAGAACCUGGUGAAGCAGAGGAGCAGGUGGUGCCUGUGCUGGAGCCCAAGGGAGCGCUGCGGAGUGAGGGGAUGGAAGCAAGGAGAGAGCGUCUCCUGCCAGGGCCCUCCCCGACGGGUGAGGAGAGGGCCCUGCCACCGGCCAGGGGCACAACUACGCUACUGUUUGGAGGGGCUGCUGCUGUUGCUGCCCUGGUGGUGGCUGUCGGGGUGGCACUGGCCCUGAGGAAGAAAUAGCACAUUUCUCCGAAGAGACAGCAAGGAUGUUAGGUUUUGGCUGUGCUGAGUGUGAGCCGUCAGCAGUUGCCUGCAUGACUGUGGAGCAUGUGCAGGUCACCUGGUCAAAAGGGUGGGAGGUGGCAAUGCUCAUGGGUGUCUGACUGUGAGUCCCAAGGGCCGUGGCUCAGGCUUGACUCGGUCUCAGGAGUGAAGUCCUCCGUCAGGCACAGGUUUCCCAACCUCUGCACCAGUGUACCUUGGUAAUUCUUUGUUGUGGGAGGCUGUCGUGUGCAUUAUGGAAUGUUUAGCAAUGUCCCUGGCCUCUACCUGCUAAACCACAGCACCCUCCUGCAGUCAUGACAGCCAAAAAUAUCCCCUGACAUCACCAAGUGUCCCCUGGGGGAGAAGUUGCUCCCCCUGCAGAGCCGCAGCUUAGAGGGGGAGGGUUCCGUUGGAAGCCUUGGGAUAGCAGCGCCCCUCAGCCAGGACUGGCCCUGCCCUCAGACGCCCUCCUUCCUGACACUCGAGCGCCCUUCUGCAGUCCUCUCUGGCUCUUCUUGCCGGCCUUUUUGGUCCUGUCACGUGCGGGGCUCCGCCCUGUGUCUCAGGUGUCACAAGGCUCCUCUUCGCCCCAGGUUUCCUCCAAGAUCCAUGAAGAGAGCUUACUCUGUUCUGUCCCUGUCACGUCCUCAACUCUUCUCACAGCUUCAUCUGGUAGAGACACUGCCCUUAGUCAUCUUUCAAAGAGGGAGACGCACUCCCUCCCUGCCCAGGGUGCUGUGCUGUGGCGGUCACAGGCUCACAGACCUGUCUCGUGGAGCACAUGGCUCACACGACCUCUGGCCCUGCAGGUAUGGCCCAGACGAGCACAGGGCCACUGUCUGGUGCCAGGGCCUUGGACUCAGUCCUCUUCCGGGUUGGCCAGCUGGCUACUUGCAGUCCUUACUGCAACCACCCGAAUCAUAAUUCUUAUUAGUAAAUACAGAAAGUCUCCUAAAUGUCAAUGAAAUAAAAACUAUGAAAAGAGAAGCCUGACUUUCUCGGUUAUCCCCAAGAUUCUAGUUUGGCUUCUUCGCUGAACUCUACAGUCCAGUGCCAGAAUGUGGAACCAGAUGGUUCUAAGUGGCGUGCUGUUGCCAAUUGGCGUGGUUUUCUUUCUUUUGUCGAACCCACCACUACAGGGUAGGGGAGGGGAUUGUCUCUCUGUGCCCAGGGGUCUCAGUGUCAUGUGGACACACUUGCCUGACACCAGUCAUCUCAGCUCUAUCUUAGCAAGUGGAACACAUUACUUUUUAGAUCCUGAAAUUUGUGAUAAAAUUACUUUACCUAUCUUAAUCACCAAAAGUUGAUGUUUUAAAUAUACUUUUUAAAAUCUAUUCUUUAAAAUUACAACUUCUCCAUAAAGUAAUACUAUGUAAAAGUUGGUCAAGCCCUGGCUGGUGUGGCUCAGUGGACUGAGUACUAGUCUGCAAAGCAAAGGGUCACCAGUUCAAUUCCCAGUCUAGGGCACAUGCCUGGGUUGCAGGCCAGGUCUCCACUGAGGGGCGCUCAAGAGGCAACCACACAGGGACGUGUGUCUCCCUCUCUUCCUCCCUCCCUUCCCCUCUCUCUAAAUCUUUAAAAAUUUUCUUCACAGGGGAAGAGCAGGCUGGUGUAUCACCUUGAUUUUUCCCCCUUUCAUAAUAAAUUUUUUUCUUUACAUUGUUCACACUUUUAAACUCUGUCCUCAAGCCCAUUGGCUGAGCACAUUUCAGCACUAACAAACCAGGUUCGUCUCUGAGCUGCCACAGAGCAACCCUGCCAGGAUCUGUGGGUCUGCGUCUCCACUAAGACAAAGAACGGGAGGUGGGACACGAUGCCACCCUGGCUGCUUUAUCGUCCGGUCUGCUGAACAGCAGUAACACAAAGUCCUUGGCCCGCUGCAUUUUGCUGGGUCCUGGUAAAUAGCUCUUUUCUCUCCAGCCCUGAGCUCCUGAGCAGAAACAGGGUGUACCAGCACCCUGUUCUGUCCUUGUGGCCUUAUCCCCACUUCCUGCAGAGGGAGGGAGAGCUGAGAAGCAGAACAGCUGUGUGCUUUGUUGAAGAGAAAAUCACUUCUCACCCUCCCUUUUGGUGGGAGUGGGCAGUAGAAAGCCAUUCCUUCUUGCCCCGACUUAAGUAACAUCUGAAUCUAAGGUAAAAGGACGAUUCAGAAGAAAUCCAACGUACUUAUAGAACUCAAAUGCAGAACUGAGAUCACUAUUCAUCAUUCCUCAUUCUUCGAACUGUUUUCGUUAGUCCUCCACAACUCUUAACUGCUCUGCUUGGGUGGAAGGGUUUCUGGUCACUUAGCGAAAAGCCAGUGACUGUUUCUUGAGAAAGAUAACCCGAAUUAAUGAAUGCUCAUUUAUCCUUUCUAAUAAAAUAAUUAUGAGCCCAGGGAAAUCAGUUUCUGUAGUGUGCCUUAGGGGGCUCUCCAAUCAUCACUGCCUUCUAGAAAGAAGGCUUUCUGGAUAAAGAACAAGGACUGGACCAUCCCUUUCCAACAUUUGCCCCAGCCCCCACUCGCCUCCCCUUGGCCGUGUCCUCUGUGCCCGUCAGUACUGCACGGGCAGCCCAGGCACGCGGUGGUGGUGGUGGGGGGGGGGCCGCCACGGCCCUUCGCCUCCUCAGCUCUGCCUGCUCUCCCUCUCCCGGGGUCAGAGCUGGGGUCAGAGCCGUGCCUGCACCCUGCUCUUCUCCCAGAGGGGUGACCGGUGGACAAAUGUCAGGCCCAUAGAAUGUUUAAAUUAUUUUAAGAGCUGUUUUAUAGAAAUAAAAGGUAUUGCAGGUAAAAAAAAACUUUUUCCUCCUCUUUUCUCAAUGUAUUACGUCUUUUUACAUGAACUUACCGUCCAAAAAACUUGAGACAGUAACACGUCCUCGGCGCACAGAAGCAGCCUCUUGGCUCCCAACCGGCCCCUCAUUAGCCUCACGCCGCCGGCAGCCCGGGCCCGCGAUAGUGACGCCCCGCUCACGUUCCACCCCAGGAGGCUCGGCGGAGCGUGGGCUCAAAUUCAGGAGGCAUAUUUUGUACAAAUUAGAAUAUCCUUUUUCUUUAAAAAGUGUGGGUAAUUGUAAUUCUGGCAAAUUGUUGAGGGUUUACUAAUUCUUCUACAGUCGUCGAGCAUAUGAAGGCCACGAGUUUUCCCGACUCCUUGCACUGGCAGGACAGCCGCCCGCCGCGUCCGCCCCCCCCCCCCUCGACGCCCAGGGGCGGCCUGUGCGAGCGCCGGACCAACCGGGCGGGUCUGCCGGGAGGGGCCCUGUGGGCGGGAGAUGGCACGACCCGGGACGGGGCUCCUCUCGGGGGCCUUUCUUUUCCUUUUUUUUUUUUUUUU